AUGCCUCCAGUCUCAGCACUUCUCCGCCGCUCCCUCCGAGCCCACCAAGUCUACGGCGCAAACACAGACGUCGGAAAGACAAUCUUUAGCACGAUACUCUGCAAUGGUGCGACUAAACGGGGAGAUAAGAGCUGGUUUUUGAAACCUGUUUCUACGGGGGCUGCUGAUGAGGCUGAUGGAUGUCAUAUUCAGAAAUUUGCUCCUCAAACGGUCCAUGAGACGCUUUUUCAGUAUGAUAUCCCCUGUAGUCCUCAUAUAGCUGCCAAAGCAUCAGGAAAACGCGUUCCUUCUGAUCAAGCCGUCCUGGCAAGGAUUAACGAAGCAGUCUCUCACUACGGUCCGGGUUGGCUCUUUUUAGAAACAGCAGGCGGCGUACAUUCCCCGGGACCAUCAGGAACUCCCCAAGCAGACCUCUACGCUCCAUUACGUGCGCCUGUUGUUCUUGUCGGUGACUCAAAGCUCGGUGGUAUUUCGCAGAGUAUAUCUGCGUACGAGUCUUUGAAGAUGAGGGGGUAUGAUGUUGAGUCUAUUCUGCUGUUCCAGGACGGCAAGUAUGAGAAUUAUCAGUACUUGAGGGAGUAUUUCUCCAAGUUUCGUGUUCCUGUUGAUACGGUGCCUGAACCACCGAUACGAGUACUAGAUGUUAAAGAGGAUGUUGAGCGGAUGAAGGAGUAUUACUCUUCGCAGAAUGUCGACCACGUUCUGGAGCAUCUGGAUAGCCGCGGCAAGGAACGAAUCUCUCGUCUUGAAUCACUUAGUGAAAAAGCGAGUGAAAAGAUCUGGUACCCAUUCACCCAGCAAAAACUCGUUUCAGCAGAAACAAUUUCAGCGAUCGACUCUGCCCACGGAGAUUACUUCCAAGUCCUCAACCCCAAGUCAGACAAUCUCCUCCAACCUGCCUUUGACGGCUCAGCAUCAUGGUGGUCUCAAGGCUUGGGCCAUGCAAACUCACGUCUUACCCUUGCGGCAGCAUAUGCAGCUGGUCGAUACGGACACGUCAUGUUUGCAGAAGCUAUCCAUGAACCUGCUCUCGCUCUUGCAGAGAUCAUGCUAGAUGGUGCCAAGAAUGAGCGUUUCUCGAGGGUGUUUUACUCGGAUAAUGGAAGUACGGGCUGUGAAGUCGCUGUCAAGAUGGCUCUUCGGGCAGCGAGACUUCGCUACGGCUGGGGCCCUAACGACAAUGUUCAUAUUCUAGGUCUCAAGGGCAGUUAUCACGGUGACACGAUUGGAGCAAUGGACUGUGCUGAGCCGUGUGUCUACAAUGAAAAGAUUGAAUGGUAUGAAGGAAAGGGCUAUUGGUUCGAUUAUCCCACCAUUCAAUGCGUCAAGGGUAAGUGGGAGGUGAGUACGCCGGAGGGCAUGGGCGAUGAUCAACGGCUGGGGUCCAUCUCGGAGGUUUUUGACAUUGAAUGCCGAGUCAAUACCGAGCAGUACCGAAGUUAUGCGACAUACAUCGAAAAGACGUUGCAGAAGCUUCAGGAUCAGGGAAGAAAGUUUGGAGCGUUGAUGAUGGAGCCUAUAAUCCUUGGAGCUGGCGGAAUGAUAUUUGUUGAUCCCCUCUUCCAGCGGGCCUUAGUGGACGUCGUUCGUCGCACCUCCACUAUAACUCCCCCAUCCUCGUCGGGUCCACAGUGGACCGGUCUCCCUGUAAUUUUCGACGAAGUCUUUACCGGAUUAUACCGCCUAGGUCGAUUUUCAGCAGCAUCAUUCCUCGGCGUUGAACCCGACAUUUGUGUCAAUGCAAAGUUACUCACAGGAGGCUUAGUACCGCUCUGUACAACGAUGGCAUCAGAGGGUAUUUUCGACGCAUUUGUAAGUGAUGAUAAAAGUGAUGCGCUUUUGCAUGGGCAUAGUUAUACGGCUCAUGCUGUUGGAUGUCAAGUUGCUGUUGAGUCAGUGACGGAGAUGCAGAGGAUGGAGAAGGAUGGGGAGUGGAAGUGGGCAGAGCAAGAUUGGACUUCCCAAAAUGAGAACACUCAAGCUUGGAGUGUCUGGUCUAAAGAUUUUGUGGAUGGCAUUUCACAUAAUUCUCAAGUUCUGGGUGUUUGGGCGCUGGGAAGUGUUUUGGCUAUCAGUCUUCGCGAUGAUUCGGGUGUAGGUUACAAGAGUCUUGCUGCAAAGAAGCUUCAGAGUCGAUUGAGAGAGGGGACAGGAGCUUGGAAUGCGCAUAGUCGGGUUUUGGGAAAUGUGUUUUAUGUUAUGGCGAGUCAGAAGACGAGUCGGGAGAGUAUCGCUGAGUUGCAAGGUUUGUUGGUGGAUGCACUCAAAGCAUGA